CACACGUAUUCUUCAUCACUUUGCUUUAUAUUUUAGCUCCAUUUUCAAUCUUCCAAAGUAACUAACAGAUUGAAAUGGCAAAUCUUAAUGUGCUUUUACCUCUUCUUGUCGUUCUAUUCAUCAUUUCUUCAGAGACAAAAGUGACAGAGAGUGCAAGAAUUUUUACCAUAAUAAACUAUUGCAAAGAAACAAUAUGGCCUGGAAUCACUCCAGGUGACAAUUUCAAUGGCGGUGGAUUUGCAUUAAAACGAGGCCAAUCCAUUGUGUUCAAUGCCCCGGUUGGUUGGUCAGGAAGAAUUUGGGCCAGAACGGGCUGCAGUUUUGACAAAAACGGCAAUGGAUCAUGUCAAACAGGGUCAUGUGGCACGUCGUUAAAAUGUGGAGCAUCAGGUGCAACUCCUGUUUCACUAGCGGAAUUUACCUUGGCAACCCCAGACUUCUAUGAUGUUAGCCUUGUGGAUGGGUUUAAUUUACCAUUACUCGUUACACCAAUUAAUGGUGUCGGAAAUUGUAGUGUUGCUGGUUGUUAUAUGGAUUUGAGGUCGACUUGUCCGUCGGAACUUGCCGUCAAGUCGAACGGAAAAGUUAUCGCUUGCCGGAGCGCUUGUGAUGUGUUCAAUACUGAUGAGUAUUGUUGUAGAGGAGUUUAUGGAAAUCCUGUGGUUUGUCAACCUACUUACUAUUCCAAGAAAUUCAAAGAGGCUUGCCCUACUGCUUAUAGUUAUGCUUAUGAUGAUCCUACUAGUAUUUUUACUUGCUCUGGAACAGAUUAUGUCAUCACUUUUUGCCCAUCAAGCCAGAAACAACAGGUUUGCACAUAUCAUAAUAACAAGCUUGUUUGUGGUGGAUCUCAAGGAUUAAAGUCAUUGAUUGGAAGCAGUUGGGUUCUGGUGCUUGCAUUUUCAUUUAUGGUUAACUGGUGGAUUAUUUAGAAUUUAAUAUAAGACAUAGAUGUUUUUUUUU